UAAAAAUUUAAAACUAAUCGAAUGCAAAAGACUCGUGAUAUGAAUGCAAAACAAUUGAGGUCAAAUAUGCUAAUAAACUAUAUAAAAUAAUAUUAAUAUUUUAUUAAGAAGAUAAAAUAUUUUUAUUCCCUUAAAACGAGAGAAUAUCACAUAUUAAAAUUUCAUAUAUUAAAUUAUUACAAUAAUUAGCUGGAAUAUUAAAAGAGGUAAUGAAAUCUCUUGAAGUUUUUAGAAUAUUUUAAUAUGGAAUGUUAUCUAAAAUAAAAAUAACAGAAAGAGAAUAAAAGAAAAAAAAUAUGUCAAAAGAAGAAAAAAAAGAUAUAUGUAAAUACUAUUGUUCUAAAAUACGCUAUACGCCAGUCGGAUGAUUGAUUACUGUAUGGCACUUGGAUAUAUACGAUAAGAUAGUAUAUACGAUAGUCAUAUUCUAAAUAAAUAUUAUAGUAUUAAUUAAAAUAAUUAUAUAAAUUAUAUGUAAAUAUAAAAUAUAUAUAGCAAACAUAAUUUAAAUGAUACGUUAUAACUAUUUAUGAAAUAUUGAAAAAAAAACAUAAACUGGUACGAUCAAACGAAAUCAAAAGAAUCAAACAGGUAAAUUAUAAUUGUUUACUAAAAUUUCCUUUAAAAUAUAGCUUAUAAAUUGUGAAGGUAUAAACGGUGUUUAUGUAUAAACACUGUAUAAACGCUCUGUUUGUGUUCAUCUGUUGACAAAAAAAAAAGUGUCCAUCUAAACCAACUGUAUAUACACCGGUAUAUACGGAUGUACCAACUGUAUCUUAGAACAUUUGUAAAUACAAAGAGACUCCUCCUAAAUUCAUUAUGCAAAAGGUAAAACAAAACAUAGGAAAAUAUGGAAUAAUAUCUUUUUAACACAAACGUAUAUGUGCAUAUCUAUCAACACCAUAGUCUGCCGUAGCGACUAAGGGAAGAGGAUUAUGGAUUCCGAUGACUACUAUAUGGAAUCUGGAGAGGAAGAUCUUUACAGCGACGGUGCAGGUGAUUACAACGACGGGGCCGAUCAUGAUGAUGAUACAGAUGACACGGGUUUCCUUGGGGAUGACGAUGACGAUUCCUCAAUGAUCUCCUCGCCUCGCUCCCAUAUGAAUUAUGUCGUUCUUAAGGAAGAAGAUAUACGUAGACAACAAGAGAGUGAUAUUGCACAAGUUUCCAUGAUACUCUCCCUAAGCAAGGUCGAAGCUAGUGUUCUGCUUCUUCACUAUCACUGGAAUGUUGGUAAAGUUAAUGAUGAAUGGUUUGCGGAUGAGAGGAGAGUUCGGACAAGUGCUGGCUUGGAAGGAGGAUCUGUUAUUGUUCCAUAUUCCGAAGGAGGAAAAGUUGCUUGUGGAAUAUGCUUUGACUACUUCUGUCGUAUAGAUAUUGUACCGAUUAUGUGUGGUCAUGCUUUCUGUUCUACAUGCUGGACAAGUUACAUCAGCAUAGCCAUCAACGAUGGCCCGGGAUGUUUGAUGCAAAAAUGUCCUGAGCCAUCUUGUCCAGUUGCUGUUGGUCGAGACAUGGUCGAGAAACUGGCUUCCUUUGAAGCCAAGGACAAGUAUGAUAGGUAUUUUCUUAGAUCUUAUGUGGAAGAAAACAAAAAGACCAAGUGGUGUCCUGCCCCAGGAUGUGAGCAUGCCAUUGAGUUUUCUGCCACCGGGACCGGAAGUAGUUACGAUGUUUCAUGCUUGUGUUCGCAUAGCUUCUGCUGGAAUUGCACCCAAGACGCUCACCGUCCUGUGGAUUGUGACAGGGUUUCGCAAUGGAUACGCAAGAACAGCGUUGAAGCUGAAAAUACCAAGUGGAUACUCGACAAUUCCAAGCCUUGUCCCAAGUGUAAGCGUCCAAUUGAAAAGAACCGUGGAUGCAUGCACAUGUCAUGCACACCACCUUGCAGAUAUCAGUUUUGUUGGCUUUGCCUUGGCGCAUGGUCGGAACACGGGGAAGGCACUGGCGGGCCUUAUACAUGCAACCGGUAUUCGAAGGCUAAGGGACAAGGACUGCAUGAUGAGGCUGAAAUGAAGCGAGAGAUGGCAAAGGACUCGCUAGAGAAAUACACUCAUUAUUAUGAGCGCUGGGCAGGCAAUCAAACGUCGAGGCAAAAAGCUAUAGGGGAUCUAGAGAAGUUCCUAUCAGUGGAUGUUAUGAAGCUUAGUGACAAACAAUGCAUACCAGAAACUGAGCUCGGGUUCAUCACAGAUGCGUGGCUUCAGAUCAUUGAAUGCAGAAGGGUGCUGAAAUGGACAUAUGCAUACGGGUACUAUCUACUUGAAUCUGAACAGGAAAAGAGACAGUUUUUCGAGUAUAUGCAAGGAGAGGCUGAGUCUGGUCUGGAGAGGCUCCACAAAUGCGUAGAGUUGGAAUCAGAGGUGUUUCAAUAUCCUGAAGACACUCCAAAACAAGACUUCAAGGGUUUUCGGACAAAACUAACUACUUUGACCAGUGUAACCAAAACCCACUUUGAAACUCUGGUGAAAGCUCUGGAGAAUGAUCUUUCUGAUGUUGGAUUCGCAAGCGACGUAGAGGUAACUACUUUAGCUCUUUGAUUGACUUGCGCUGCUAUUAAUACAGUGUCUAUGAACCAAACUGAAGCCUCUUGUCUGAAAAUUUUCUCCAAUGUUUAUGAACUUGAUUGAUGUAAUAACGUUGCGAAAUCUUUACUCUUUUUAUUCAUUAA